CAAACAAGACAGUGAAGGACGUGGAGGAGGCGGUGUGCGUGUCCGUCUGCCGUCCACGCACAUACGGGAACUUUCCUACCCACAAACACACGCACACAGACGCACACACACAAAAACCGGACAUACACAGGGCGGUUUUGCUAACAAGACGUAGUGACGGUUAAUAUGAGGUCGUGGUGUGAGCCCAAGAAGAGAGAGGAGAGAAGAAGAUAAUGAAGAAAAUGACGAAGAGGGGGACGAAGAAGAGUCACACCACCAGGCUCAUAAAACUACCCCUGGAAAAGCCCACCAAAACAGCCCCUACGAGAGCCUUGCCAAGUGUGUGUGUGUGUGAGCUCCGAAAUGCUUGAAAAUACAGACAAACAAAAGGAAAACUAACUGAAGUGCUCUACAGAAGAAGGGUCAGACUAUACCAUAAAACAACCCUGGAAACGCCCAUAACAACUCCUAUGAAAGCCUUACCGAACGUGUGUGUGUGAAAUCCAUGAAAAUAUACAGAUUAACAAGAGAAAGGAAACUUAACACUGGAAUCCUGUUGUGACUGACUGCCCUAACUGACAUCCCUAUACUUAGCGAAGGAAAGAUAUGGAAAACAAUGUAUUAAAAGUGUAUUCUGUGAUCUAGUGAGACAGAGAGAGAGAAAUUAUAAGUGGAGUGAAGGAAAGACAUAAGGGGAGAAAUAUAUGUUUAAAAAAGUGUGUGACUGUGUAAAAUAGUGGGGAUCGAAAAAGCUGCUGGAAAUUGAGUGAAAAAAAGGUUGCUGACUGAAAAAUAGUUGGAAGUUUAAUGAGAAAAAGAUUGAGUUAUGAAAAAAAAAGCUGAAAAUUGACUGAAAAAGUUGAAAAUUGAAUGAAAAAAGUUGAAAGGAGUUGAAAAUUGACUGAAGGAGAGGAAAAUUAAAUGAAAAAAGUUGAAAAAAGUUGAAAAUUGACUGAAAAAAAUUAAAACUGACUGAAAAAGUUGAAAAUUGACCGAAAAAGUUGAGAAAAAGUUCAAAAUCGACUGAGAAAAUGUUAAACGAAGGUUGUGAGAAAUAACGUUGAAAAUUGAAUGAAGAAAAAGUUACAAAAGAAAGUUAUGAAAGAUGAUCAAGGGAAAAAAAUAUAUGUCCAAAUGAAGAAAUAAAAAGAACAAGAACAAAAAGAACAACAACAACAACAACAACAACAACCACAACCACAACCACAAUCAACAACCAAACAACAUGGCGGCCUUUGAGAGCUGUUACUGCUGCAGCCUCCGAGCAGGGUCUGUCUUCAUCGGAGUGCUGGGUCUGCUGGCCAGUGUGGGGGGCGCCGCGCUGUGCCUGUUGGUGGUGACCUCGGAUGACCUCGCCAAGAUGCUGCAGACGGCCUACAACACCUAUCAUGACCUCGAGAACCCGGUCAGAGUCUACGGCCCAAAUGGAACGCUUAUAGGUCCUCGCGAGCUUGACCUAGGUGACCCAACACUACUUUACGUGGAGUGGGCAACCGUGUGUACCCUGGUGGUGAUGUUCCUGUGUUCCGUGGUCAAUGUGCUCCUCAUACUGGGCGCUCUCAGGGAGGUGCCGUGGAUGAUGAUGCCGUGGAUGGUGGUGCAGUGGGUCAUCAUACUCAUCACCAUCACCAUCUUCGGCCUCGUACUAUGGCACGAACUGGUGUCCAUGCCUCGGUUCUGGUGGGCGGUGAUGUUCAUGGUGGCGGUGGUGAUCCUGAUGGUGCUGUCCUUCGUGCUGGUGCUGUCGCUGUACCAGAGCGUCAAGGAGCGGGAGGCGCCAGAGUUCUACCAGGGAGCCGCGCUGGUGCACCGCCACAUCUGGCUGUCGCAGAAGGGGAAGUACUACGACUAGCAGUGCGAGCCGUGCUGGCGGGCGGCGUGGGCGGCGGGGCGCAGGCCUCGCGCCCACGCCCACCACCAGCAUCACCACCCCGGCCACCAGACGCCCUCGCCGGC